AUGGCAAACGACCACCUCUCGCCCAUUGCGCCGGCGCGCGUGCGGGUCCUCGUCUUGCCCGCCGGGCGCAUCAAGAAGCACCGCUUCACCACCUUCUUGCAACGACUAGAACAGCACGACAGCGUACGACUAGGAGACAUUAGUCCUGAUGCCAAAUCCACAAACAACCUCUUCUCUCCUCUGGCAUUUCCAAAUGGCUCUCUUCUGUACAACUUCUCAACCUCGGUCCCACCGCCAUCGCACACCCAAUUGGUCCCUUUCGACCUGUUCAGAGAGCACUUGAUGGUUCUGGGCAUUGUUGAUGCGAAAGAGUACGAGUCGUCGCCAAAAGAGGAGCUACAACAAGUGUCAGACAGAUUGGCUGAACAGCAUCCCAAGAUACUGCUUUCGCAACUACUGGUCAUGGACUGUACUCAGGAGCAGCAAGAGAGUUGGAAUCUGGACAAGGCAAUCUGCGUCCCACCUUCGCAUGCCACAAAGACGACUACCAUGAACACCAUCAUGUGCGAUAUUUCAGCCAGACUGCUGUCUGAAAUGGGCACUUAUGCCACUGCUGUACAGGCUCUGCCGAGUGUCCAGUCGCCAGGUGUCUCCACCUCUCGCCCACAGCUAGAUCGCUCGCUUUCGCUACGCAUGGAUUCUUCACGCCCAGCGUCUCCCGCUGAUUCGUCCUCCGCUCUUUCACGCUCCGAGACCCCUCCUCCAAGAGGCCCACCUACCAAUUUUGAUGACAUGGGUGCACACACACGAUCCGAUAGCGGCAAAAUUGCGAAUAGAGAUCGCAUGUCGACCCAGACCUUUGCUUCCACUAGCGCACAAGAAAGAGCAAAGAACAAAGGAAAAGCAAGAGUCGGCAUUGUUGUCGGAAAUCUGUACAUGCUAGCUGGCCGCUGGAACGAUGCUUGGCGAGAACUCGUUGAAAACACAAACAAGGCUCGUUCCGCUUCUGACUACCUGUGGUACGCAAAGGGAUUGGAGAGUAUAGUAGUCUGUAUGCUUCUGCUUAUCUGGUCUGGCUUUGACUUCCCCAUUCCUGCUAUUUGCAAUUCUGGACCUGACAGAUCUUCCUCUCUUAUUUCUUCCGCCAUCACCAGAGAUGGUGUGCCGCCCAUAGGUCAGCAGGACCCUGCCGCUGCCAAACAAGCUGCUUCAAGAGCUUCCAGACUUCUUCCCGAUCUUAUACCCAUGAUCAUCUCUGUAUACGAAAGAACGAGUACAUUGGCUGGUGAGCCAAUAUCUCCUGUUGCAUAUUCGGAAAGUGUCUUGAGGCUUUCGAAACUACUCGCNUUUUUACAGAACGCAGGCGGUGAGCUGGACUCUGCCAUCUUACAAAAAAUUGCAUCCUCAUCAAGUCGCUCCUUGUAUCAACCAAAAACUAACGCGGGCUUCUCUGGUGGUAUUUCAAAACACGCUAUUGCUGAUAUCGCUCUUCGUGCAUACCCACCGCCAAGUGCUGGCGUGCCUCUUGCUGAUACGAUAGCCAUCCAGGCUGGCAUAGUCUCUGUUCUUUCUAUGCUCGGUUUCGAGCGCAAGAAAGCUGUCAUCGUGAAGGAAAUGAUUACACUUCUUGUUCCUGCUCUAGUGCAAGCCAGAAAAGUCGGUGCUGCUGAAAUGGGUAUACAUCCUGCUGCAAGCUUGUCUGCUGCGUUCGGUGCCGGAAUGCCCUCUUCAGAAAACAACGAUGAACAAGUGGGUCUUGGAAACAUGCUUCGUGAUUUACACUCUACCUAUGGCGCUCGCGAUCAAAACCAUCUCGAGGAUCAAAAGAAAGCAACAGACGGUGAGCAAGAAGAUGUUCUGGAUGUAAUGAUCAAUGCUACAAUCGCUUUGGCUACUCAGUCAGCCAGCACAAAAUCUUUCGGCAGCAUCAACCUCAAGAUUGACAUACUCAGAGCAUGUAUCGAUUUCUGUGAGGCAUUGCCAGAUUUACCAGGUGUCGUACAUUUCUCUGCUCUGCUUUUACGAGUUGUUGGUCCGCAAGGAACUAUGACUGUGCAUGAGCAUAAUCGUCGUGUUACAAUGGUUACAGAAGAACAACUCCGUUUGAUAUCCAACAUGGCAAGGACAAUAAAUGCUGCAGGCAAGAUUGGCCUGCCAAACAUUCAAGCCCUGUACUGGGAUGACUUCCUUGUUCGGAACAUACAAUGGGUUGACGAUACAAACAAUGAGAAGCUGCGAGAGCGUCACAAGUCUGACCUGCUGUUCGAUUCAGACAACAAACCUGGAAAGUCACCUUUCCUGUACAACCCUUUCGUCAAAGAAACGCACAAGACGGAAGAUAAGGUUGUUGUCGUUGGCGAGCCGGCUGAGCUUGUUAUCACUUUACAGAAUCCGUACGACUUUGAAAUUAGGAUUGAGCAUCUCUCACUAGUCACCGACGGUCCAGCGGUUGAGAUCGAGGAGCAUUCCAUCAUCUUAGGACCCGCCAGGCUUCAAGAUGUUGUGAUUGUUGCACGCGCCAAAGAAGAGGGUCAGAUUCGGAUUGUCGGUUGCUCCAUCCGGAUGUUCGGGUGUAGAGAUCAAGUCUUUCCAAUUCACCAGUCAUCUUGGAAACCGGACUUCCCGAUCAAGAUGAAAGAACUUGGCCUUUCAGCUCGAGGUCCGACAUCAGCCACUACACAAUCACGAAGUUCUAAAGGCCGCUCAUCGAAACCUGUCCUUCCCCAACCAACGACUGUCUCCGCUGUUGCAAUACAAGCUCAACCACAUGUCAUAAUUGACAAUCUUGACCUUUCUGAGUCUGCCUUAAUGGUCUUGGAGGGACAGAAGAAAACAUUCCAAAUCACUCUACGAAACACCUCUUCGCACGUUACAGUCGACUUCCUUCAUAUAUCAUUCGACGAUUCUUUGACAUCGUCCAUUCAUACAGCUUUGGCAGCUAAGGAGUUAACCAAGCCAGAUAUGUACGGCCUUGAGCUUGAGUUAAGCAACAACCCUACCUUCACGUGGGCUCGGUCAGGAGGCGGCCAAGACAUGACUAUAAUGCCAGGCGAAACGGCAACUUUUGAUAUCACCGUGCUCGGAAAGCCAGGCCUGGCAGCUGCAAAGAUCAUGUUCGAUUACGCGUAUUUGGGUAAGCCUUUUCCAGAAGUCGAAGGCCGAGCAUUCACUCGCCAAGUCGCUGUGCCCAUUGAUAUCACCGUCAACGCCAGCAUUCAACUUCAUCGAAUUGACUUCAGCGAGUUUCCUGCAGAUUUUGCUUGGACGAAUAGAGGAUUGCAGCAACAAGGUCAACGGCCAAAGUCACCACGAUCACCAUCACAUCCAGUAGGGAAGGGCAACAACCGGUUCCGAACCUUGCUGGAUCGUGUUGGCUUGGAGUCUAGUAAUGAAGAGCAUUGUUUGCUUCUUCUUGACUUGCGGAACUCGUGGCCGAACCCGUUGACCGUGUCUGUUCAAGUGCGCUCCUCGUCUUUUGAUGAAAGCUGGGAUCGCGCUUAUGCGGUUCAUGAAGUUAUUCACCCUGGUCACGUAGCACGUCUUGUGUUACUUCUUCCUCGCCUGCAUAUUGCAAACCCUUAUGCACCCAUCCCAAUCUUGUCGCAGCAGAACCAAAGACAAUUUGUCGUCUCUGCUGAUGGACCAGUCUCGGCCGACCUUGAGCGCGCAACACGAGAGCAAUUCUGGUUCAGAGAGGAAGUACUCAAGUACCUUUGCGGUACAUGGGAAGAAAAGGGCUCAGACAGAAGCGGCAACAUUGAUCUCCGCGGUCUAAGAAUGAGUCCGAAGAUGAUUGAAACCGUUCGGCUUCAAGAUAUCGUUACCACAAUGUCUGUCGCAGCCACAGAAAACGAAGAUGUUCAACAGACUGGCCGCAGUAGAUUCACCGUCAAGGCAGAGAGUUUGUUGACUUUACGCACAACAGUACACAACAAGAGCAAUACCACAAUCAAGGCAGUCUUACGUCUUCAGCCCACACUCGCAGAUCAAAGCUCUGCAGAAACGAGUUUGGACAUCUCUCGCCGCUUGCUCAUUAGUGGAGUCUUGCAGCAAUGUUUGCCCACGCUGGCACCUCACAGCUCUGUCACCGUCGAACUUGGCAUUUGCCCUCUUGUCAGUGGGGAGUUUGAAGUCAGUGCAUUGGUCGAAGAGAUUGCACUGUCCGUCCCUGAAACCAAAGAGAUUGGCGAGGUUGAAACGGAAGACUUUGAAGCAGGCAAAGAAGGGCUUGCGAGGAAGGAAAGGAGGGUGUGGCGAAGUGAAGAGACUUGUAGGAUCAUUGUCAAUUAG